AUGGUCAACUCCUGUUGUGGUUCAGUCUGCUCUGACCUGAGCUGUGGCCAGGACCUCUGUCAGGAGACCUGCUGUGCUCCCAGCUGCUGCAGACCCAGCUGCUGCCAGUCUGUGUGCUGCCAACCAAGCUGCUGCCAGACCACUUGCUGCCGCCCAACUUGCUGCCGCCCAACUUGCUGCGUUUCCAGCUGCUGCCGCCCCACCUGUUGCCGGCCAGUCUGUUGCCAGACCACUUGCUGCAGAACCACCUGCUGCCGCCCCAGCUGCUGUGUGUCCAGCUGCUGCAGACCAAGCUUCUGCCAGUCUGUUUGCUGCCAACCUUCUUGCUGCCGCCCAACUUGCUGCCGCCCUAGUUGCUGUGUGUCCAGCUGCUGCCAACCUUGCUGCCGCCCUAGUUGCUGUGUAACCACCUGUUGCCGCCCAGCCUGCUGUGGCUCCUCUUGCUGCUGA